UUAUCUCAUCUUUUGCCUAUAAAUUAGCAAAUUAUUUUGCUCUUACUACAUACUUUCUAACAAUACAAUUCAAGAAAACUCUUCUGCAUUAUUAUAGAUAAUAUUUUAAGGCUAAGAUAUAUAAGAGAAGGAAGAAAUCAUGGCUGCUAUGAACGUCACAGCAGAAGUAGUGACUGUUGAGGAUGUGGAAAUUGACAUGGAAGCUAAGGCCAAGGAAUAUGAUACGCAAACACGUGCUGACGGCGACGAUUAUCAAUUGACAACCGAUGUCAAAAACUUCAGCAAACACCGCGUGGAUAAGGUGGAGACUCAUUUUUGGCACGGGCGUACACUUAAUAACUUCCCUGGCCUCCCGGUUAAUACUGGUGCUGCAAUGCGCCAGGCCGGGACUCUUCCCGAAGGUGUCAAGUGGGGAAUCGUCUAUGCUGACGGUGAUCAGGCUAGUAAUCGUAAAUUCAUCGUUGCUGUUCAUGGCCCAACGGGCAAGGUAACGUAUCAUAACGUAUUACUUUGUGUUAAAUUUGCAUAUGUUUUGUUGAGCCCAGGAACAACCCACAUGUGAUCAUUCUCUUAUCCCACACUAAAAUACAAAAGAGGGAGUGUAGUGAUAAUGGAAUCCCACAUUGAAAAAAUUAAAGAGUUACUACCACAAUAUAAGAUUAAGGGGCUACUCUCCUCGUCGCCAUAUGGUUUUGAGGUGGAACCUACUUGGACUUGUGAAGUGGUGGACUUGUAUUCUUGCACUCUCUCGUGAUGGGUGCGGCCCAGACCCGAAUCUAACAUGUUCAUUUGACUUUGAAAGUACAAAAUGAAAUGAAUCGUGUAGUUGAAGUCAAACUAGACCAGCAUUCUGGAAACAAAGCUGAGUACACUGACCCAAUUCUACACACUUGAGCCAGCUUGCUAAAGUCUCAAUGUACUUGUUUGCAAAGUUUGUAAUGUUGUAUUUUAUGUUAUGUUAUGUAUGUGUGGUUCAUGAAUAAAUUGUGAAGCUCCCCUCUAGACUUUUGGUCAUGGGUUUGUAAUCAGUUGUCCAGUUGUAAAGGAGGGAAGUAUUCCCUAGCUUUUUAU